AUGGAUGCUAAUCCUGGUGAAUCAGAUGAAGAUAAAAAUGAUCCACUAUCAUCAAAUGUUGAUCAAGCAAUAGAUAAUUCAGUUAUAACACAAAACGAUGGUGAAACAUCGAUGAGCAAAAUCCGAGCAGUUGAUAAAGUAUUGCAUGAUCAUGCCAUGUCAUUUUACCACGAUUUUGAACCAUUCAUCGACCACUCACUUACACCUCAUUUAUUUGCUUAUGGAUUUAUCAAGUCUUAUUACAAUCGCGUAGGAAAAAAUAAUCUUCCAUUAUACUCAGGCUUCAUGGCUAUACAUUUACCACAUAGUACUCGGCCAAGGCAUAAAGUUACAUUUAUGCCUCCAAUUAUUGAAGAUCCAAAUAAAUUGGAGACAGCUGAAGCAUGUUUGGUCGAAAUGAAAAAACUCUUGAUUGAUAAUGAAAUACAAAACAGUGCUGUUCUUGUAGUCGAUGAGCGAAUUUUUCGGUUAUGCACCAAGGUAAAAGAUGAACAUUGGUUAGAUUUUGAGGGUAUCUUCCUCUAUCCAGGUGAUUUUCAUAUGAUGAAAUGUGCAAUGAUUGUCAUCUGGGGCAUAUUAGAAGAAUCAGGAGUUGAUACAUUAAUUGGCACAUUGUACAAAGAUGCUACACAUCGAGCUAUUUUAUCAGUUUCACAUUUUAACAAAUCAUUACGAACCAUCAAACUCUUAUACACUGCAUUACUUAUUCUCGUACAUGAUCAAUUUUUUUUGACCUUACCAACAACAAUGAUUGAUAAUAUUGAACAGCUAAUGAACAAAAUGCCAACAGAUUCAGCUGAUGUUGAAGAAAAAAAAAGGUGGUAUAAAUUUGUACUCGAUUAUUUAUCCAAUGCUAAAUUGCAAGAUGCUUUCGAUCUUUGGAUUAAGAAUAAUUGUGACGAAAACUUAAAGUUUCAUUUUUGGACAUUUGUAUUGUUCGAGUUAAUUACACCUUUAAUCAAAUUAUAUACUGCAUUACGUACAAGUAAUUUUUCCGCUCGAAAUGCGGCGGCCUGUGAAUUAGCUGAAUUAUUUUUUGCAACAAAUCACAGACAAUAUGCUCGUUUAACAGCUCGUCAUCUUUCGGAUCUACGUAUAUGGCCAGAGGAAAUUUUAGAUCAUCUUUCUAAAAGUUUUGCUGUUUCACGUAGUAACCGAAAUUUUAGCUCCAUUGCUCUUGAUCAAACAAUAGAAGCGACCAUUAACAAGAUGGGUAAGGGACAUGGAGGUAUUACAGGUCGUUGUUCACCUGACUUAAUCGACAUUUGGUCAAAAUCGUAUACUUUUCGAUCAUUACUUUCUACAAUUACCAGUGAAUUAGCUGGUGUUGAAUCUAAUUUCAACAGCAUUGAAAGCCAUAUUGAAUGUUCUUCUUCUCGUAUGUUAGCCGAUCAUGUCGAUUUACAAAUUAUUCUUGAUAAACUUGUUGAAGAAAAGUUGUUCUCAUUGGAUACGAAUAAUGUUACUCAACUCUUUACUGGUAUAUAUUCUACAUAUUUCCUUACCACAAAUCAACAACAGGCACUUGUAAUUGAUGGUUCUUCAUUACUUCAUAUUUAUCCUCGUGCAGGAAGCAACGUCUUUGAAUAUGCUAUUUAUUUAUUAGUUGAACAUAUAACACCUUUAUUCAUCGAUUAUUCACGUAUUGAUAUUAUAUUUGACUCGUCUAGAAGUCAAGAUUUGAAGUCAUUUAUUCAUCGUCAUAGUAACAAAAAUACAACACAACCGAAAUACGACCGCAUUGUUCGAAGUUCUCUACUUCCAACAGGAAAAAAAUACCAAAACUUUGUUGCAUCAAAUCGAGCUGUUUUGGCAACUGCUGUUAUUGAAUGCUGGAAAGACACAGAAGCUACAGAAAAAUUACCAUUAGGAUCUGUUCUAGUCUUAGCAGGUCCUCUUGAAACAGCAAUAAAAUUAGAGAAAGACAAGCAGCCAAUGAAUAUGGUCGAACUUGAAAGUAAUCAAAUCGAGGCUGACUCACGUAUCAUUUUUCAUAUCGAUCAACUUAUUCAAAAUUCUUUCUUCAACAUCGUGGUAAAAUCAAUUGACACUGAUGUUAUCGUCUUAUGUAUUUAUUAUGCAUCUCUUCUUGGUCUUAAAAAAUUAGUUGUUGAUGCAACUGUACCAAAGAAACCACCAAAAGUGAUAGAUUGCACAUAUAUACACAAUGAAUUAAUUGAUAAAUUUGGUGUUAAUCCAAUUCUUCUUCUUAUCGUUUAUGCUCUUUCCGGGUGUGACACCUGCUCUUUUACUCGUAAUAUCAGCAAACGAACUUUUAUGCAAACACUUUUUGAUACUCCAAAUGAUUUUGCUGAUCUACAGAAGCUGACAACCUUCCCUGUCACAAAAGACAAUGUACGUCGAUAUAUAGAUAAAGUCUACAAUCAUUUUUAG